AUGUUGAUACCGCUUUCAAUUGUUGAUGAUGUUGCUGUCUUGGAUUUAGGUCAAGAACUUCCUCGUACCCAGAACAACAUGUUGCCUGUGUUUGUUCUCUUUGAUUCUCGUACCAUGUCUCACUACCCCCACCCAACAACAACAACAACACCUUCUUCUUCUUCGUCUCACAACCACAACAAUGUUCCAACAAGAUUAAUGUCUCACAACCGCAACAACGUUUCAUCAAGACCAACCGUCUCUAUGGUAGAUGAAACUCUUCUCUAUGAUUCUUCUAUGGCCAACAACAUUCCAAGAAGAUCAAGGUCAUUUAAUCGUCACCGCCACCAGCACCACAACAAUGGUACUAGAGCUUCUUCCCCUGUCAUCGGUGCUGCUGCUGUGGUGAUGGGUGUUCAAGAACAUGUUACAACAUCAACAGGAGAUGCAGAAUCCAUCUGUUCCAUUUGUCUUGUUGACUUGUCUAAUGCUUCUUCCGCUCCGAUUGGGUUGCGCUGCUCUCAUAUUUUUCAUACUCACUGCAUUCAAAAAUGGAUUAACAUUCGAAAAACCUGUCCUCUCUGUCGCGCCAAUGUUUAA